AUGUAUGAUCAGAAGAGAUUACUAGGUUCCACAUAUAUUAAUUCAGGAACCAAUGAAAUAAGUAGAGAUGAAAAAUUUAUUGUUCCUUUGUCAUUCCAUGACGAAAAAAAAUAUGGACGAGUACCACUUCUCGUAUCUCCUGAAGUGUUAGCAAAUUUAUUAUAUAGAGAUCAAGAGGCAACAUCAAUAGAAGUAUCUAAUAUGUUAAUUCCAGAUAUACAACCAAUAUAUUUUUAUGUUACAUAUGAUCUCUUGGGUGAAUCAGUUUACUCUGGUGGAAUAUCAAUACUUGAUUCUCUAGUUAAGGUAUCUGGUUGGUCUCUAAUUCGCCAAGAUGUACUUAUUAAAAUAAUUAAAAAAGAUGAGGAAAUUGCAGUUGAUUAUGUAGAAAUGACUUUACCUGAGGUUCAUAUCUCACCAAGAGAUUUAUGGUUUUAUGAAAGAUCUUUAAUAGGUAGUAUUUUGUAUACUGGAGUUCCACCACUAACAUCUCAACUUUCACCUUCAUACUACCCUCCAUUAACUAUUACAAGAUUACUAAGAAAUACAGAUAUGUCAUUGAACAAUUCUUAUAGAGUAACAGAAAAUAUGUCAUUUUCUUCUGGAUUAGUUACUGAAGAAACAAAAUUUUUAAUAAGACCAAAGUCUCAACGAAUAAUAAUAAUAAUAUUACUUUCUACAGAACUUUGGACUUUUUCAAAUAAUGGGUUUCCUUCAUGGAGAAGUAUAUUAUUGUUUUUUCAAGAAUACUUAUCAACUAGUAAAUCUGGAGGCGAAUCACAUUUUAUGUCUAUUGUAUUAACAUAUAGAAAAAAAGUAGAUAAAUCUGAUUAUUAUGAAGUUUUCUGGGAAGGUCUUAUGUCUCAUUUAACAAAGUCAAAUAAUGGAAUUAAUGAUUUUUUAAAUAUGUUACGUGUUGAGCUUAAUACAUUUGAAAAACGGAUAAUAUCAUCCUUAGAUAUUUGCUCUUAUUCUGAAUCAAAUGUCCUUGAAUCCAUAAAUUUAGCUUUAAACCAAUUAGAUAAUGACUUUGUAGAUAGGUCACUAAUAUGGACAGGUAAAAAUAUAAAGAUUUUAAGUGUUGGUCCUCCAUUAUUAAUAGUUGAUGUAAAUAAUUACAAAGAUAUCUUGCAUUUAGCUAAUAUAACUGAGAAACGAUUUCUAAGAUAUUCAGUAUCUACAGAUUUUAUUUCUUUAUCUCAACUUAAGUGGUAUUACUCACCAUUUUUAUAUGUUGUAGAAUUCUCAAGUACUCAAAGAGUUAAAAAAAUUGUCGAAACAAUUCCAUUGAAGUUACCAAUGUUGAUACACUACUUUAUAUAUGAAUUUGGAAAAUAUGAAGAUCCAAAUUUACUUAACAUUGAAUCUACUAUUGCUGUUCUAGAUCAAUAUAUUAUGGAUGAAGAUACUGAUAUUAAAUUCAACUCUUUAAAUCAUAAUCUUGGUCUGAAAACAAGUAGAAAUUAUAAUCCUAAUUUUUCAACAGGUCAACAAAUAAUAGUUUCUGGAAAAGAACUCAAUGCAAUUUUUAAUUUACAAAAUUCAACCAAAACUAUAAAAUCUAGAACUAAGAAAAACGAAUCUAGUUUUGAACAUAAUGAUAUUAAAAAUAAGUUAAAUACUAAUACGAAAAGUGAUUCCGAAAUCCAUAUGCCAGAAUCUUUAAAUUUAAUACCUCCAAUACAAAAACCUAAAUACAUUCAACCAUUUCUUUCUGAUCCUAAUUUUAAUAAUAAAACUCAAGACCAUAAUAUAUCAUUGAAAGAGUUGCGGAUAUUUAAUUUUUACCAAAAUGAGCUAUCUUCCAAUUUAUUUUCUAAAUUUGAUACUAUAAAAAGUCACUUUGAUCAAUUUCUACCAAUUAUCUCAAUAAAUCCUUUAAAUCCAAUUGACAGGAGGUAUAUUAAAUGGCAUAAUACAUUUAUAUCAUGUUCAAUGUUUGAUAUAAAAUAUGGGGGAGUAUUUAUGUCCUCAAUACUUCGACCAGUUUUACUACCUUUAAUUACUAAUUUUAACUUUAAAAUUACUCGUAAAAUGCCUAGAAUAUCUAAUUGGACAAUUACACCUAGAAGAGAACUUUUUAUAGCCUAUUAUUGGUCUAAUCAUUUAAUUCAAAAGUCUAUGAAUCAAAAGUCGGAGAUACAAACAAAGAAUGCUUCAAAUGACGAAAUAUCUAGUUCAUGGAAAGAAGAUGAAUUUAAUAAAUCAGAACACUUUCUAUAUAAAAAAGAGAAAAUAUAUAACUCAAGAUAUACUCAAUUUAUAGAUGAAACUCAAAAAACAACUUUUAAUAUACCUGUAUCUACUUUUUUAUUACCUAAUACAUCAUUAUUAACUACAGAAAUUCAAAAUAAGGGUAUUAAUUCAUCUAAUAUAAGUAUUUCAUCACCUAUCUACAAAUUAUCAAAUCAGGAUUCUGAAAUUCUUAGAUCUAUAUUUAAUGAUAUUAUAGCUCAUAGAUUAUGUAUGGCAUUUCAACUUAUAUCUCCAAAAUAUAGUACAGGAAUUAAACAUGUAAUUAAUCAUAAUACAGUUCAAAUGUGGACUUGUUGUAGCAGCUUUAACUCAUCCUUUGUAAAUAGUGAUAAUGUACAUCAACUUUUACUUUUAGAUGAUAAUAAUAUUAUGGUAGAAGUUAUGAAUUUAACAGAUAAUAUACUAAAAUCACUAGAAACAGAUCUUGCAAAUACAGAUAAAGUUGAGGACGAAUUAAAUAAAUAUAAUGUUAUAACUAACAAUUCUGAUUUACAAAUACAAAAUUACAAUUCAAAUUCACAAUUGAAUAUAAUAUUUUCUCUACCAUCUAUAAUAAAAUAUGAAUAUAAUAUAAUAAAUAAACAAUAUAAUCAAUUGGAACUACAUAAUACAUAUUCUUAUAAAAGUUUGUCAUAUUUUUGUGACCCUUCACCAGUAAAUUACAACUUUGUAGAUGAAUUACUUGUUUGGCAAAGAGAUAUUCCUUUUGUUACUCAAUUUACACAAGAAUCUUUUAAAGAAUUAUCUUUUCUUCAACAAUAUUCAAAUCUUUCAACUUAUUCAAUUAUACAAACAGUAGAUCUUGCUAUUAAUUAUAUACACUUUGCAGUUAUUGCUCACUGGAAAAGUUCAUCUAUAAAUCCCAUCAUACAUGGAACUAACAACGUAAAAAAUAUGAAUUUAAAUACAGAUAUCUCAAAAGAAGGAAACAUACAUUCACAAAAUCUCCAUAAAUAUAAUUCAUCAAAUUCUAAUAAUUCAAAUAAAAAUUAUUCUCAUUUAGAAAAUCAAACCCGUUCAGCUUGUUAUUCUAGUGAAUUUGAAGAAUGUUGUGGUCAUCAUAUAGUAUCUAGAUGGUUAGAUAUUAUAUCUAUUGGUAAAGAUCUUAAUCAAUUCUAUUCUUAUUUUAAACCUAGUAAAUUUAAUCAUAGAGAAUCUAUUAAAUCAAAUGGAGAAAUACUUGACAAUACAACUUCAAAUCAUUUAAAAUCUAGUAUAGACUUAACUUGUAAUUAUGUUAUAUCUAUUAAUAGAAGAAUCUAUCCUAGAGCUGUACGUCUUAAAAGUUGCUUAGAAAAACUUCUUUUUGUAAAUGCUCCUCCUGAUCAUCCAAAAAUAUUAGAUAUUAAUAUUAUUCAAGAUGCAACCUUUAAAAAUCAACAAUUUGAUGAACAAUCUGACCAAGAAAUUCAAUUCAAAUUAAAAUCUGUACAUAAAAAUAGAUCUAGGCAUAAAUUCUAUCGAAAGAGACAAAAUUUAGAUAACUCAUUUGAUUAUAAUGUAAAAUAUAAAAAUCUUAAUCCAAAUUCCUUAGAAAGUCAUAAAAAACAUUCAGAUUUACCAUCAAAUAUGAAAUCUAUGAGGAUAUUAACUUCUUGGUGUGAUCAUUCAUUAUGGAAUAAUCAUGCAAAUAUUACAUCAAAUUCUAUGUCAAAUAAUCCACUACUUAAUUUACCAUCAGUUCAUCCAGUUCAUUGGUUUGUAUUAUAUUAUGAUUCAUUAUGGUAUCCACCAUUACCAUUUAAAUUUUCAAUUGGGUGGGUAUCUUGUCCUGCUGCAGCCAUUUCACGUAUAAUUAAGAAAAUCAGAUCAUUUAUUAUUCAGUAUAGAUUUAAUCUUAUCCAAAUACCUGCAUCCCAAAUAUAUUGUUUACCUGAAUUACCAGAGUUAAAUAAUUUAUUAAUCCUUCAAUCACUACCAUUCAAUUAUCCAAUUAUAUUUGAUAUAUCAGAAGAUAAUCAACAUAAUUUAUAUAAUAAAAUGCAAAAUCACCUUAAAAAUUUUAUUUUACCUCCAUUAUCACUUCAACUUGUACAUUAUACUAUAAAUAAAGAUCAACUCAGAAUUUUUCUUAUAGAUCCUCAUGGACUAUAUAGUCUAGAAUAUAAUAACAAAUGGGUAAUAAUACGUCCAAACUAUAAACAAUCCUUCUGGAAACAUCUUAUAUAUCAUGACUCAUCACCUAUAUUAAGUUGUACAUGUGGUAAUUCUAUUUUAGAUGAAUCAUUGAGAAGUAAAUUACUUCGAGAUUCUAUUAGAAUUAUUAGAAAUAUUCUAAUUUAA